AUGCUUUUGAGGGGUCCAGGUCAACUUGCAUCACUUAUAGCUGUUUUGUUUAAAUUCAGAGAAGACCUAGUUGCAAUCUUCGCAGACAUCAUGGAAAUGUACCACCAAAUUCAGAUUCGCAAGGAAGACCAACACUUUCAAAGGUUUUUAUGGAGUACCAGCGAGGAAGUUGAACCUGAGGUGUUAGCAAUGCAGGUAAUGAUAAUGGGAGCGACAUCUGCCUCCGCCAGCGCGCAGUAUGUGAUCAGAAAGAAUGCCGAUGAAUUUUCCGCCAAGUUUCCAAGAGCUGUUCAAUCGAUCAAAAAUAAUCAAUAUGUCGAUGAUCUGAUGGAUAGUACAAGCUCGGAAGAGAAGGCUAUACAAUUGGCUAAAGAAAUUUGUUACGUACACCUACAAGGAGGAUUCUUCAUUAGGAACUGGAUUUCUAAUUCACCUGAAGUCGUAAAAGCAAUGAAAUCUGAACCAACCGACCAAGUGGAUCUUGCUCUUGACGUGGAAAUGGGGACUGAAAAGGUUUUAGGCAUGUGGUGGUGCACUGCAUCUGAUUGCUUUACCUAUAAAAUAAAUGCCAGUGCAGUUCAAUCUGAUAUUCUUUCCGGUCACAAACGUCCAACAAAACGAGAAGUUCUAAGGAUUUUGAUGACGAUCUUCGACCCAUUAGGUCUCGUAGCACAUUUCCUCAUGUACAUUAAGGUACUUCUACAGGAUGUAUGGCGAUCCAAUAUCGGAUGGGACGAAGAUAUCAAAGAUGCGGAGCUAGAAAAGUGGCUGAAAUGGAUUCGAUACCUGCCUGAAAUCGUGAAACUCAAAAUUCCGAGAUGCUAUAUCGUCAAUAAUCCUGAUUCGAGUUCCGAAAUUCAGUUGCACGUAUUCGUGGAUGCAAGCGAAAAUGGUUUCGCCGCUGUUGCAUACCUGAGAAUCGCAAAUGACGAUAACAUAAACUGUGUCCUGAUUGGUGCCAAAACGAGAGUAGCUCCAUUAAAAAGCUUAUCGAUCCCAAGGCUUGAGCUUCAGGCGGCAGUCCUCGGCGUAAGAUUUGCGAAAGUCAUUACAAAAUCACACACGAUCCGUAUUUCCCAGUGUACUUUCUGGUCGGAUUCAAAAAAUGUUCUAAGCUGGAUUCAAUCUGAUCACCGCAGAUACAAACCUUUCGUUGCCUAUCGUGUAAGCGAAAUACUGGACUUCUCAGAAAUAUCCGAUUGGAAAUGGAUUUCCACUAAGUUAAAUGUUGCUGAUGAAGGAACGAAGUGGCAGAAAGUUCCCGAGUUUAAGGCGUCCAAUCGGUGGUUUACGGGUCCAGAAUUUUUGAAAACUAACCCGAAUCUUUGGCCAAAUGAAAUACCCCCUGAGAAUGCCACAGUUGAGGAGUUAAAAACAUGUUUUGUCAACCUACAUACGCUGAAUAAAGAAGAAAAUUUUCGAAUCAGUGAUACCUCAAGUUGGAGACGGCUAAUUAGGACUGCAGCAUACUUUUUUCGCUUCAUCCACAACACUAGCAUUAAGAGACAUCAAAGGAAGUCAGGUAUUCUUCAUCAGCAGAGAAAGGGAUAUCUCAGACAAGAAGAACUUCGAUCUGCCGAAGCUGAGUUAUUUCGUGAAGCCCAGACUAGUGAGUAUUGGGAUGAAAUGGUGGACUUAUCCUCCAAAAAAUCCGUUGAAAAGAGCAGCAUACUCUACAACCUGUGUCCAUACCUAGACGCAGAUAAGGUUAUUCGAGCGAAUAGCAGGAUACCUUCCUCUGCUGAUGUCAGCGAAGACGUUAAGAAACCCAUAAUUCUCCCAAGAAAUCAUCCCAUCACCGCGCUAAUCAUCACCGAUCUUCACGUCCGUUUCAACCAUCGAAACCACGAAACCGUUAUAAACGAACUGCGCCAAAAAUUUCACAUCGCUCAUAUGAGAUCUGCAUUAAGACUUGUAAGAAAAAACUGCCAAGAUUGCAAAAAUACCAGAGCCAAACCGCAACCUCCUAUGAUGGCUCAACUCCCACCAGCACGAAUUGCUCCAUUCUGUCGACCCUUCUCAUUCGUCGGAGUCGACUACUUUGGUCCUAUGAAUGUGAGUAUUCUUCGAAGAACCGAGAAACGAUGGGGAGUAUUGUUGACAUGUCUGACAACCAGAGCAAUUCAUCUUGAGAUCGCACACUCAUUAUCGGCAGAUUCGUGCAUUUUGGCUCUCAGAAAUUUUAUGGCAAGGCGUGGCGUUCCCAUCGAGAUCUUCAGCGACAACGGAACAAAUUUCCAUGGUGCUGAGCGAGAACUAAGAGAGGCGCUUAAAGAAGUCAACACUGAAAAACUAAUGGAGACGUUCACGACAACCGAUACCAAAUGGACCUUCAUUCCACCGGGGUCACCACAUAUGGGGGGCAGCUGGGAAAGGCUAGUGAGGUCAGUAAAAACCUCCCUCUACGACAUAGUGCCAACUAGAAAUCCUUCGGAUGAGUUGUUACGGAGCAUGCUUAUAGAGGUAGAAAACAUAGUAAAUUCCCGUCCACUUACCUAUAUUCCCAUCGACGACGAAAGCGAAGAAGCGUUAACUCCCAAUCACUUUCUUUUGGGGUCUUCAAAUGGCAGCAAACCACCCGCAGUAUUCGACAGUGACACUAAAUUAAUUAAAAGAAACUGGCUUAUAUCGCAACAGUACGCAGAACGCUUCUGGCAACGCUGGGUAAGGGAGUAUCUUCCGACAAUUACCCGCCGAACCAAGUGGUUUACUUCAGUGAAGCCUAUUGAAAAGGGUGAUAUUGUCCUGAUUGUCGAUCCAAUGAGCCCAAGAAACUGCUGGCCCAAAGGUCGUGUAAUCCAAACUACGAUUUCUAAAGACGGCCAAGUUCGAAGCGCCUUUGUGCAAACACAAAGUGGAGUUUAUGAAAAGCCAGCAGUGAAAUUAGCUGUUCUAGAUAUCAGAGCUGAGAAAGAUGUUAGCCCACGGUCGGAACUACCAAGGGGGAGUGUUAACAACCCUGUGGCAAACGCAAUAUGA